CACCCCUCGUCAUCGCCGAUGUUCAGCCCUUUCUCCCGCGCCCCUCGCGGCAGCGCUGCAUGGUUCAACGCCGGCCCCGUGUCGUCGUUCCCAGACAUCGAGACCGAUCCGGGGCCACUGGGGCAGCAGCGCAAAUGCCACGAUGCCUUUGCACCAGGGUGUAAGGUCUUUCAUGUGCCGAGGGAAGACGCCACAAGCGCCACGCCCGUUGCGAUAGACGAUUGGAAGGAUGGGGAGACGGAUACGAAGGACCAGGUCAUGGUGUUUCGGUACAGCGGGAGCGUCGUGGCUGUGAACCAUGAAUGCCCGCAUGCCUCGUAUCCACUGUCGAAUGGCACGCCCUUUGAUAUUGAGGAUUUCGGUGUCAAGCUCAGCGCUGGUAUCACGUGCCCGAAGCAUGACUGGAGCUUUGAUCUGCAUACUGGGAAGAGCGACAGGGGGAGCUACAAGUUAGCAAUCUGGGAGACGCAGUUGAGAAAGAGCACCUCGGGUGAAGAAGAAGUCUGGGUGAGACGAAAGCAAAGAAUCGGAUAGGGAGGCUCUGUGCAAGAGACGGAACGGAACGAAGCUCGCAAUGCGGUUACCAAAUCGAAACUUUGGGGUAUGUGGAGAGGGACCGCAAUUGAUUGAAGGAAUCCUACCUUGAGAGAUCAGCUUCGCUUGAGCGGGUCUGCUUCGACAAUCACCCAGCUGUCAAAAGCAAAGG